AUGCACCCUUCCGAUAACCAUAUCGAUACCAACAUCGUCAGGCGUUCGAGCUCUCGUAGACGGGUACCUUCCACUCUCUUAGCGAUUGGCUGCCCCAGCAUAGCAGCCCCUUUCACCUCGGGCAAUAAUCGAGUGGCACCCGAUCGACUCUUCCGACUUCUAGACCAAUUAGCCUCACGUGUCUCAGAGGCUGGUUGUGAACAGAUCCUUGAAUCCAUUUCCGAUAGCGAACUAGAGGUGCAACUGGCCGGCAUGGCCAGCACUAGUAAUGGAACUGAAGACUCUCACCACUCUCUUCUUGAACCAUUACCCAGUAUGGCUGAGUUGAGCCGUCGUGAGAUUGAAGCUGAAGCGGGGCGUCAGCGUGAAAUAGCUCGUCAGCUUGUCGUCGCCGAGGAAAAGCGUCGGGAAGCGGCUGAAUGGCGGUUAGCGGAAGCUGCUGACGAAUCUAGUCUGAUGGGCCUAUCUGCUCGACUUAGGCGACGUAUGCAGACUGGUAAAGAAACUUGGCAAUCUGAUAUAUUUGAUGGAGCCGACCCUGGUAGUGAGCCAAGUGAUCUUGGAGAGCCAAGUGAAGAGGCUGAGGGCAUAACAGAUGAUGCAGCUGAUUGCUUAAAGCCCGAUGGAAUUGCGCUUACAUCAUUUUCUCUGGCUGCCGAAGCGGAGGCUGAAGAUCAAAUGCGAUCUGCGCAGUCACUUCUCUUCAAACUAACCACAACUUCUUUGCCACCGGCACUCAGGCGCUGCCUUGGUGAACUUACUGGGACUUCUACAUUUGAUAUUAGUCGUGGUUCAAUGGUUCACAGUCUUACUACACCAUGGCAAGAAUUGGUGGCUUCUGUGUCGACAACCACAAGCGCUAUGAUUCGCGAGCUGAAGUCUGACUUUUCAUCUUUUCCUAUCGUGAACUCAGAAUCCGGACUUAUUAGAACUCCAAAUGAUUCUAUGAUUGCAGCUGGUCUCGUAAGUGACUUUUAUUAA